CUGACUUCGGGAGCUUUUUACGAAGCGCAACUCAACCUUCAACUUACCGAAACCCGGCCUUUACUUUCAGUCAUUUGAGGUAGGAGGGACAAAAUGGGUCGCGUCAUUCGCAACCAACGUAAGGGCCGCGGUUCCAUCUUCACCGCCAACACCCGGUUGAACAAGGCCCCGGCUAAGUUCAGAUCUCUCGACUAUGCCGAGCGCCACGGCUACAUCCGUGGUGUUGUGAAGGAGAUCAUCCACGACCCCGGUCGUGGUGCUCCUCUCGCCCGCGUUGUCUUCAACUCCCCCUACAAGUUCAAGAAGCAGCGCGAGACCUUCAUCGCCAACGAGGGCAUGUACACCGGCCAGUUCAUCUACGCCGGCAAGAACGCUGCUCUCACCGUUGGCAACAUCCUCCCCCUCGGCUCCGUCCCUGAGGGUACCGUUGUCUCCAACGUCGAGGAGAAGGUUGGUGACCGUGGUGCUAUCGGCCGUACCUCCGGUAACUACGUCACCGUUGUCGGCCACAACCCCGAGGAGGGCAAGACCCGCAUCAAGCUCCCCUCCGGUGCCAAGAAGGUUGUCUCCAGCAGCGCUCGUGGCAUGAUCGGUAUCGUCGCCGGUGGUGGCCGUACCGACAAGCCCCUUCUUAAGGCUUCUCGUGCCAAGCACAAGUUCGCUGUCAAGCGCAACAGCUGGCCCAAGACUCGUGGUGUUGCCAUGAACCCCGUCGACCAUCCUCACGGUGGUGGUAACCACCAACAUAUUGGUAAGGCUUCUACCAUCUCCAGGUACGCUGCCCAGGGUCAGAAGGCGGGUCUCAUUGCCGCCAGGAGAACUGGUCUCCUCCGCGGUACCCAGAAGACCAAGGAGUAAAGCGAUUUCUUGUUUGUCAUCUGGGCUGGGGUUUCUGGGAUUGCAUUGGUCUUUGCUGCUUUGUAGUUACGGUACUGCGAAGGCGG